GGACACCGUGUACCUUCCCAUUCUGAUUCAGCCCAAAGUUCACCAGCCCACAGAACCAACAUGCCUGUAGACUUCAAUGGCAAAUGGGAGUUGGAGAGCAGUGAGAACUUUGAGGAUUACAUGAAAGCACUGAACAUUGACUUUGCCACACGCAAAAUCGCAGUGCAGCUGGCCCAGACCAAAGUGAUCACCCAGGAUGGAGACAAGUUUGAAGUCAAGACGCUGAGCACCUUCAGGAACUAUGAGCUGAUGUUCACUGUGGGGGUGGAGUUUGUGGAGCACACCAAAGGACUGGACAACAGGGUGGUCAAGGCUCUUGUGGUGAGGGAGGGGGACAAACUAGUGUGUACCCAGAAGGGGGAAAAGGACAACCGUGGGUGGAAGCACUGGAUCGAAGGAGACAAACUGUACCUGUUCCAGUCUACUUAAGGGGUGGCUCCUCCAUACGCACCAAUGCGAUAGCAGUUCUACUUAGUUCAUUCUCCAUGCUACCAACCAGAAAAAAAGGAGCCUAUGAAAUGUCUCACUUUCUCUAUCAUCUCUGGUAGCAUAUCAAUGGUCCUUUCCUUAAUUUGCACUGAUCGACCAGGACUAACCUGUUUCUUCAAAGGGAAUGAGAUAAGGCGAGGAAUAUGGCACCCCAAGCUCCUAAUCCCAAACUUGAUAUCUGACAUCAGACUGAGAUCUGACCUCAGAUUUGUUCUCUCUGAAUUCACAGGAACUGACGUGUGAGGACAAAGUCUGCAGGCAGGUGUUCAAGAGAAAAGAAUAGAAAGACAAUAUCUGGAUAUCAGUUGCUGGAUUCAUCCACUUUUUCAUACCUUGUGUCAAUAUAGUAAACUCCUGCUGUUACCAUUUAAACUUGUCAUACGGUUUCAAACUCACAAGCAAACCUGAAUAAAGCAUUGUAUAUUGUUCACUCUUCUAA